CCGUUUUCAAAACCUGAAAUUGCGCGUAAGCUGCGGGUCAGCUGUCGAAGUUCGCGCCGCGCCUCCCGCGCAUGUGCGAGACCACGCCGGAAAGAUGGCGGCGGUCUGUCAACAGCAGCUACGUUUUAUCGGCUGUCAUGCCACUGACCCGUCGGGACUGAGGGAGCUCGCGCGAUAUGAGAUCCCUGAGGGGUGCUGAGCGACCGGGGUCGCGCUCCUAGACGGCUUCAACGAACGUCGGGUAUCCUCGCUCGCUCGCGUUCGUCCCGGGACUCGGACGUCGCUGCGACGUCGACGUUCGCCCGCGAUGGCCUUGCAGGAGGACGAGAACACCUGGGUACUGGAACUGGAAGCGGCGCUGCUCGACACGGAAGCACCGUCUGCGUCCGAUAUAUAUGCCAUAUGUAAAGGCCAGCCGAUCCCGCCGAACUUGAGACCGGACGUCUGGCUGGCCUGCCUCUACGUUACUGAUCGAGGCGAUCAGUUGAGUCAGUUCAAUGAGGUUUACGAUUUACCUGAACAGAAUGUAAUUCGCGACGACUGUCAACAGUUGGUCGCGAAACUUGGGAAUGACGACGAAGAUAAAGUCUCAGUGGUUUCCGAUCUUGAAUCGAUACUAACGUUUUAUUGUAAAAGCAAGUGCAAACAAUACGAAAGAGGAAACGGAUGGCUAGAACUGUUGGGUCCUUUAAUAGCUUUAAAAUUGCCGCGUGCUGCGACUUAUAAUCUCUUCGAGGCGAUAAGAGAUAUCUAUAUUCCAAGAGGUGAAACGUACAGCUCAGUCUUAAGACUACUGCUUCUCUAUCACGAGCCAGAACUGUGUUCUUUCUUGGACACGAAGAGGAUAUCGCCCGAUCAAUACACGAAAGUGUGGAUGAAUACCCUUUUCGCCGGUGUCUGUUCAUUGCCAGCGGUCUGCACAAUGUGGGACCUGUACUUUAUGCAGGCCGAUCCUUUCUUCAUGCUGUUCCUUGCACUUAUCAUGGUUAUAAAUGCCAGAGAGCAAAUUUUGAGCAUGAAAGAUGAGGACAAGCAAAGUAUAAUAGACGCGAUAGCAGCAAUGCCCUGUGCUUUGGAAGCGGAGGACGUAACCGAUUUCUGUUCCUUGGCGCAGUAUUAUGCGAUGAAGACACCAACCUCUUUCAAACAGGACUUGUAUCCCGUGAUGUUCGGCGAAAGCCCUGACGAGAAGCUGAUAUCCCACGCAUUGUGUUUACCUGUAUCGGCGCAAGAAUUGGUAGAAAAUGCGAUCGAGCCUCCAUCCGUAUCUAAUAGCACUGUCGAGACUGUUAGAUUCUUCCUCGUGGAUUGCAGACCCGCCGAGCAGUAUAACGCGGGCCACUUACCAACGGCAUUUCACCUCGAUUGUAACUUGAUGCUACAAGAACCUGCCGCGUUUGCUACAGCCGUACAAGGCUUGCUACAAGCUCAGCGUCAAGCAUUGGCUGUUGGCUCGCAAGCUGGCGGAGAACAUCUUUGCUUUCUGGGAAGCGGUAGACAAGAGGAAGACCGCUACACGCAUAUGGUAGUGGCGUCUUUUUUACAAAAGCAUACGCAAUACGUGAGCAUGGUUACUUCUGGAUAUCAGGCCAUUCACGAGUAUUUCGGUGACGAAGUGGUGUCAAGUCUCGUCGAUCACAACUCGCAGCACUGUCUAGUGUGUAAUGCUAAUAUAUUGGAGGAAAACUCGAACGAGGCGAGUCCGAUUAAGGUCAAGAACAACAAUUCGGAUCUCUUGGGCAAGAUCGGAUUGGCUAUGAAGCUGAAGAGCCAGGAAGUAAAAGGAAAGCUAUUUGAUUAUAUUGUCAAUCCCACGGCAAACGUCAAUAGCAAUACGGAAAAAAGAGAUAGCAAAGACUUGGACUAUAUUAGACGUCAGAGAAAGACCGCGCCUGUAUUUAGUAUAGAUGACGAUCAAGAGAUAGAUAUGACAAUGACUAAUAAUGAAAGUGAGGAGCCUAUCGAAGUAGUAUCUAUACAACAAUGGAUGAAAGAUCCCAAGUUAUUACAUUCCUUUAAAUGCCAAGAAGUGAAAGUGAAUGGCGAUCUCUGUGAUAGUCAACUAUUGGUUACCGAUAGUCACCUUAUAGUACUGCGAGAAAUCCCGGAGCGAAAAGGCGCCGCGCACGUGAUCGUGAAACGUCCCUUGACAAGUAUCGUCAAGAUAACUUCGCGGAAACGGCACGCCGAUCUAAUAACUUUCAAAUACGGUACGACGCAAUAUAACGACACGGUUAUUUCCGAUAUGGAUAAGUUUCUUAUACCCAACGCGAGCGAAGCGACUAAAUUAAUCACGCAACAGAUCAUGAGACAACUGAACACGCCAGACUAAUGUUGUGGACAAGUAUUUUGUAAAACAAUUUCAGGUUAAUAUACGGAUGUUACAAAACUUCAUUUGUGACAAGUAGGUUUUUCCUAAGAAAAAGAAAUUUGUCUUCGAUACAAACAUGUUUAAUUUUUUAUAAUUAUUAUUUAUUGAAAUAAUUAUUCGUUAAUUAUUUUUUAUUGUAUUAAAUAUAGUCAUUUGAAUCACAAUAGAUUUAUACGCUAGAUAUGUACAGCUUUAAAAAUUUAACGAAAACAGAAAAACUCGAGACAUCUAGUAAAAAUAUUUCCGUAAAAAUAUUAUUAAUUUCUUUUUACCACGCAAUUAUAUUGUGAACAGAUGGAUUUAUGUUUAUGUAGUUUCUCAUAAUUAGUCAAUCGGAUAAUUUUGCAUCACUUAGAUGUAUGCAACUUUUUAAGAUCAUAAUCACAAUGGUAUGACUGACCUAAAAACCAAUGCGUUCAUAACUUUGUAAAUCACGUUUAUAUAUUAUAUAUAUUUAUUAGCGAAACAAGAAGAUACAUUAAAUUUCUAGUAGAAAUAUAUAAAGGCCUUCGAUCUUCGUUGCGUGACAGUUUGCGUAAAAUUUUCUCAGUGCUAAGGUUAGUGAAGACUAUUCGAUUAGAUUAAGAUUCUUAGGAGAAGGAAAUGCUAAGAAUUAAAAGGAGCUAAGUUGACGACUAAUACAUAUGUGCCUGACUAAUGCACAUUGUUGAUUGUUUCUUUGAUUGUGUUCAUACAUAGGAGGAAUAAGUAUUGAAGCAAAAAUAUUAUAAAAUUAAAAAGAAUUUAGGCUGUGAGAGUUAAACGCGGUUAUUAGUGCGUGUCAAUCUAAUAUAAUUGUCACGACAUGUCUUUCGCACAAUCAGCUUGGAAUCUGCUCCGUAGUGUUUAAAUCUUUGCUCCUUUGACUACUGGACGGAAAUCUAGUAGUCGAUCCUGUAGUUGACCUGAAUUGGAUAAUCAUUGACACGAAUGAGACACAAUUCUCUCGGUCUACAAUGGAGCACACCUUAAAGAACUCAUCGUUGAAGAUGGUUAAAACCUUUAAUCGAAACGUCAGAACUUGUAAUCAAGAUCAAACAACCAACGAGAAUGUCAUGUAGGUCCCAGCUGGAUGUAGCCCAGAAUAAUUCAAUUAUUUAAUUUUUUAUUAAUACGUGAAUUUGCUGACGACAAUAUUCUAUCUAAUGAAACUGUUGUGUCCGAAAAGAAACCGGAGCGCAAGACAGAUGGAAAAACGGUAUAUCAGUUCACAAAAUAAGAUUUGAAUUAAUAGGCUACCUGUAUCCCGCUUGGACUUAUAUAGCAUUCUCGUUGGUUGUUUGAUUUUAUCUAGAGGUCUUAUUUAACUCUAUUGUUGUAAUCAAGAAUUGUAUUUGAACAAUUAUAUUAGAUUGACACACACUAAUAACCACGUUUGACUCUCAUAGCCUAAAUCCUUUUUACUUUUACUUUUGAUUUCGCGAGUUCAGUUACUUGUUUUAUUUUACAUUUUCCAAAAUAUUAUCUACUUCAAUUGGCAACGUGGUCCUAACGUGAUUUUAAUACAUUUGUAUAUGCUCGUGCAUUUGCAUUUUACAGAUCGCCAUAUUGCAGAUGUGUCUUCUUAGGAAGAAACUUAUUUAUACAAAUUAUAUAAGUGAAUAUUAGGUGCAAUAUUUGCAGGCAAAUAGUACCUUUCACAUUCUCUGCGCCUUCGAAUUUUCUCAGAAUUAUUUGGACCAUUUUACCAUCACAUCAGAAAAAAAUACUUAAAAAAAGAAACUUAUAAUUACCAAUCGAAUCUUUUCGGCAAUAAAAUAUUCUGAUACAUUUCUCAUUUCUUUGCAAAAUGUGCUUAUACAAGAUAUAUAUUUUUUUAUAAUAUUAAUAGCGAGAUAGAAGUAUGUAAAGUAUUCCUGAAAUUCUAAAAUGAAUAAAAUCCUAAAGUUUCACAUCGGGGAUGCUCUAUAUCUUCUGCGAUUUGUUUGUGUAAUAAGAGUUGUGCUAAUUAAUAUCGCAUAUUACUUACCUCCUUAUAAAUUAUUAUAAAAAUUUCGGUAAUAUAUGCUAUAUUAAUAAAUGAAUAAAUGAGUUUAGCUGCACAGCUUGUAUAUGAUAGUUUGAAAACGCGGAUUUUUCUACUUACACGUUUACACUUACACACGAAUUAGUUGAAUCUAUUUUUAAAAAAUCCAAUUCGAAUAUCUGAAAAUUAUAGAUUAAAGAUUUAUUAGAGAACCAAAGAAUGUACAUACAUGUUGACAAUUCGAGUAUUAUUAUCGACAAUUGUAUGCAAUAUAUAUAUAUAUAGUUUUUAAAUUAUCAAUACACACACAUCGUACGUGUAUAUGUAAAAUACAAUAAAACUUUUUUCAUUGCACGUGUUUCCGAACGGACAAUUUGAAGACGAAACAUGUAAGUGGUUCACACACAGACAGCAAUAGAAAAUCAACUUUUAAGAAAUGAAGCGUAUUGAAAUUCUCGAAAAUACCCAAAUACAAAUACUUUAUAAAUGUGUAUAUAAAAAAGGCCAUGUAAUAUAUACAAAAAUUCUAUAUAUAUAUAAUAAAAAGUUAGCUCAAAGUAACACGAACAUUGUACAUUAAAUUCCUUUAUCAAAUUGGAGUUUGAAACUUUUAUCGCUAAUAUCAACAUUUACGUCAUAUUUUU